GGCACUUGCAUUGGAGCCUCGUCCGCCGAACACAGAACAUUACAAACGUGUUUCCAGGAGUAAUUGUCGAUGAUUUUAAUCGAAAACAAUUGAUACGAGCGCGGUGCGGCAGCUAUCAGAAUCAAAGAGUGCUAAAUCGGGAAUCACUGCCCUAAGUAAAGUGUAUUGUGUAACCUUUCGAGACGAUGACAAUAGGCCUAAAGGAGGCGAUGUGGGGCAGGCUGGGCUGCCAAUGAUCAUAUGAUUGCCUAGAGCGGAAAAAUACUCAAAAUCAUAGCAGUCGGCGAGGCAUUUCGUUGCCAGAAACGAAAACAACAAUACGUAAAUCGAAAGGACAAAGUAUAUAUUAUCCCGGUACUCCCCAUCUCCCCACCACCAUGUACACAAUCAACAAGGGACCCAGCAAAAUUGUUGCUAAAACGCGUCGCGGCCUGGCACCAAAUUUUGAAAAAUUCGAAAGCAUCAAGGAGAGCGGCCGCAAGAACGCCAGUUUCGAUCUGAACAGUCCCGAGGAGCACAAAAACAUACCGCGUCCGGUGUUUCAACAGAGCUUCGCCUCCAAGCGGAUAACGCCAACCAAACUGAUCGAGGAUGAGGUGAUAACGCCGCAGCAUGAGGAAAUAAUACGUUACAUAAACGACUCCUGGAACAUGCUGGUGGCGAAGAACCCCUACGACUCGAGCUCAUCCGCCAAACCUGUUGAGAAACCUGUAGCGGAUGCCAACAACAACAGCGCCGCCAGUCCAGUGGAGAGCAUAAUGGCCAACAGCCCGGUGCCCGCAGCCUCGACAGCCACUGUCUGGGUAGAGCCACCGAGUCCAGUACUGCAGGACUUCAAGCCCUUCGACCUGGAGUCGUGGUGGGGACGUCGCCUCUUCCAGAACAUAACCAAGAGCCUGUAGGAUGGAUCGAAUGGGAUCGAUUGAGUGGCAGAGCCUGAUCUUUGGCAAUUCCUAGAUAGUCAGUGCUUCCUUCUGCGCACGUACAUUCGACUGGACAUGGGCAAAAUCACACUAGAUGAUAGUGGGCGAAACGAGACGUGACGAGAGACUUGCUUAGUUUUCGGCUAGCGACUAAGUAAAUAUCACUUUGGAUGUUAGUGGUUGGGAGGCCACCGUGGUGGCAAAUCUUGGCAUAGGUUCAUCUCGCUUAUAAGUGUGUAUAUGGAGUAAAUUGAGAGUCGUCGCCGUUGGCCAAUGUAAAUAAUACGAUUUCUGAUUUACAAUUAAGAAUGUGUUAUAGAUAUAUAAGAAACUUGUCAUCUGGAUGGCUUGUCAGUUUUUUAAAGUCAACAACACUCGUGUGAAUUGUAUAAAGCAUAAGGAUUAAACUAACAUCAACUUGA